AUGGAGGCAUCAAGGAGGAAACCAAUGCCAACAUAUUCAGGGUCAUGGGCAUUGAAGAAUGAUUGCUCUCUGUCUGAUACUUGGGCAUCCCGCUUUCCUCUAAACAACUCUAGAUCUUGCACUAUCGUCCUCUUAUUGAAAAGAGGUAUGGUGGGAAAAAGAUCAAAUGGAUAUACACAUGCAAGCCCAAAGACGAAGGAGAAAUCAGCAUCAAGGAUAGUGUCUCCUAGAACAAAACUCUCACCUACAGGAACUUCUGGGCAUUGGAAAAGAAACAUGACUCGCAUUGGUUUAGCCGAUAUAUUUGAUGUAACUAAAUUUGGUGCACGUGGAAAUGGGCAGGUUGACGAUUCUCAGGCUUUCUUACAAGCAUGGGGUAAAGCAUGUGAAAGUAGCAGCAUUUCUACCAUGUUGGUUCCUGGAGGAAAAACAUAUUUGUUGAUUCCUAUUCAAUUCAAAGGCCCUUGCAAAGGGCCAUCUAUUCAAGUUCAGAUUGAUGGAAUCCUAUUGGCACCCAGCAUCAGGAGUCAAUGGAAAGAUUGCCCGGAUAAUACAUGGAUCGCGUUCUCACAAAUUAUCGGCCUUCACAUUAAUGGAAAGGGAAAACUCAAUGGCCAAGGUUUGUCAUGGUGGAAAACCAACCCACGUAACAACUAUAACCAAUGGAACCAAAAAGAGAGUCCUUGCACCAAAUCAACCAGUUUCUGCUCAAAAGCGUCGACGGGAAUAAGGUUCAUAGGUUGCAAUAACCUUGUAUUAAGUGGGUUGACUCAUAUCAAUCCUCCAAGUAGACAUAUAAACAUAUAUGGAUGCCAAAACGUCCAAAUUUCUCACCUUACAAUCACGGCGCCUGCAAACAGCCCUAACACAGAUGGAAUCGGAAUUUCUUCCUCUAGUAACGUCAGAAUUACCGACUCUUUCAUCGGCACAGGUGAUGAUUGUGUUGCAAUUUCAACGGGUUCUACAAACAUUUUUGUGGGAGGAGUUCAAUGUGGACCGGGUCAUGGUAUAAGUGUUGGAAGCCUUGGUCAAGGGGGGUCUUCUUCAAAUGUGGAUGGUGUUUUUGUACAAAACUGCACUUUUACAGGAACAGAAAAUGGAGUCAGGAUAAAGACAUGGCCGGGUGGAAAAGGUUAUGCAAGAAAUAUUACAUUUACUGGCAUUCGGUUGAAUAAUGUUAAGAAUUCUAUUAUUAUUGAUCAGACAUAUUGUCAGGUCGCUGAAAACUGUCAAGAUCAAGCGCAGGCAGUGCAAGUGAGUGAUGUGAAGUACAUAGGUGUUCAAGGAACAUCCGCAACGCCCCAAGCAAUAGUCCUACAAUGCAGCCACCAUGUUCCUUGUAAAAAUAUUAUUUUUAACAGAAUAAACAUAACGUCGUCCACUAAGGGUAAUGCUUUGGCUAGUUGCAAGAAUGCAGUGGUGUCUAUUCAGACCGCAAUAUCUCCAAAUGUUUCAUGCAUCAGUGCCAUUUAA